GGGGGAGCGGAGGAAGCAGGAGGAGGGCGCUUGGCGGCGGGAGCGCGCGAAUGCGCGGGCACAAGGGCGCGCCCCCCCUCCCCCGCCACCCGGGAACGUGCAUCUGGUCCGAGAAUCACACACGCACACAGCACGAGAACUAAUGGUGGGAGCGGGUCGGAGCGAGGCGCUGUGCUCGAGACGGAAUCUCCGGGCGCUCAGUUUGCAACGCGGACAACCAACCGGCGAGGAUUAAACCCUUAAAACACAUCUGUAUGAUCGGGGGACACGAACACGCAGUAUGGUCCGGGAAACCAGGCACCUCUGGGUGGGGAACUUGCCCGAAAAUGUGCGAGAGGAGAAAAUUAUCGAACAUUUCAAACGGUAUGGCCGUGUGGAGAGUGUCAAGAUCCUGCCCAAGCGCGGCUCCGAGGGCGGUGUGGCGGCCUUUGUGGAUUUUGUGGACAUUAAAAGCGCCCAGAAGGCGCACAACUCCGUCAACAAAAUGGGCGACCGUGACCUGCGGACCGAUUACAAUGAGCCGGGGACCAUUCCCAGCGCCGCGCGGGGGCUGGACGAUACUCUGUCCAUAGGCUCCCGCGCCCGCGACGUGUCGGGGUUCAGAGGGGGGGCGGGGGGUCCGGUGUACGGGCCCCCCACGUCUCUCCACAGCAGAGAGGGACGCUAUGAGCGCAGACUGGAAGGGUAAGUGGAUCAGUUUCUGUAAGCCAGGGUGGUGCGUUUUCAGUGCUGGUUGUUUUGUUGAUUGAUUUUUGUGUGUGGUUAAAGCAAGCAGACCGAUCUCUCUAGGGAUCCCCCAGAUGGAUAUCAUCGCGGUGAAAGUCUUUUUCCGAAAUAUCCAUUUUUAUAAAGAUGCGUAAAGCAGUCCAGACGCUCACACGAAUGUCACUGGGAAUUGCUGUAUGAGCUUGGUCCUGCUCGUGAUCCGGAUAACAGGUUUCCGGGGAAUACCGAGGUUUGGAUAAUCUCCACGGAUAUGGAUAUGGGAAAGAUUCUGUACUGCUGCGGAGUUAAUUUUCCUGGAUGUGGGAGUACAGAUCUGCUCAUGGUGGAAUUACCUUUUUUUAAAAAUGUUUAAAGAUUAUGCUCAACCAAAAAAUGGGUUACUGUACGCUCCUGAGUCACAGUUACACAUCUUGCUGUUGCCAACAGUCUGAUUGAUCGGAGCCUGGAGUAUUAUGGAUAUUCCCAGGAAUAUUCCCCUUGGAUAUACGGAUAAGCGGGUGGAUUGCAGGAAUGUGGCGGCGGGUUUGGGUCGUUUUCUGUGGGAUUAUCUGGUUUAGGGUAUUGCAGCUCGCGCUGAGUGAAGAUGGAGGAGCGCCGCCGGGGGAGAGCGCGUGCCGAAGACCUGCCCGCGCUGAGCCGCGCUCCUCUUCCCUGGAUUGUACAACCCGCCCGCGGGGGCGAUACGGCUCAGGCCGGCCUCUCCUCCUUCUGGGAUGUACUGGGAUUCUCUGGGAUUGUGCUGGAUUACACGCCCUGGGAGAACCUGGCCUCCGGUCUGUGGGGCGGAUGUAUGACCUCCGGAGCGGUGUGGGAAUAAGGGACCGGACCUGCCUCUGGGAUUGUAAGGAGUGUGGCGCGUGUGUCCGACCGGCGCGAAGACGUUCUUGGAUUAUGGGUGCUUUUCUGUUGCUCCGGCGGUGCUCGGGUGCGAGGGCACGCCGGCACGCCGGGCGGAGGCGCUGUGAAGACCAGGAAGACGGGCCGCAGGAAGACGGGUGGACAGUGGGGUCAGGGGCUGGACUGGGCUGGCCACUCUGUGGAUGUAUCUUUGCUCUUUUCGGUUUUUGGCUCCCAAGAGACGUUGUGCCGGAGGUCCUUGCCGAUGUGUGGCUUUUCCAUCUUUUUUUUUCCCCCCGGACCGGCGAAUGUUUUUCAUUUUUUCCUGCCUUGUGGGCUGCGAAAGAUCAGGAGGUUGCGAUCCGGAUUAUUCCCACCCCUGUCCGAAAGCGGAUUACUGUCACUGCUGUUUCCAUUUUUGUCCCAUUUUUCAUUUUUUGCCAUCUUUUUUUUUACAGAAUAUUUUUUUCUUUUUGCUCACAAAAUUGUCUCCCUAGAGUUUUAAGUGGGAUUGUAGGUCGGGUUACUGCAGUCUGAACAGGUUGGUAUGUCCUGCCCUGUGUAUUUUAGCCCUUCUCUCUCUAACCCCAGUCGAACCCCUGUCUCCUUUCCACUAACUCCAGUAGCUCGUAGCGCCGGCCGCGGUGUCGGCCUGUAGACUCCUGUUCAGUCUCCGCGUCUCUGGCUUCUGUUUGCUGUUUGCUGUCGCGCGUCCUUCCUCCCUCCCUGUCUCUCUCCUUUCUCUCUCUCUCUCUCACUUGUGCCCCCUCGGGUUUGUGGGCGUCCGGGCCGCUCCUCAGCCUCUCCUCGCUUCACACGCUCCCUCUCUGACGCCAGGUCCAAACGGGCCAAUGCAUGAGUCCAGCACCGUGGCUAGCCCUGCGACGCUGUAGUCCAGGCGCAGAGCAAGAGACCUCCUGACGAAACUGCAGGACAGAACAGUGCAGUGCAGUAGCAAACCCAUGCACUAGUGCACAUUGGAACACAGUGCAGUGUAGUAGCAAAGCCGUGCACUAGUGCACAUUGGAACACAGUGCAGUGCAGUAAUAAAGCAGCGCACUAGUGUACAUUGGAACACAGUGCAGUGCAGUAAUAAAGCCGCGCACUAGUGCACAUUGCAACACAGUGUGGUGCAGCAAUAAUGCCGUGCACUAGUGUACAUUGCAACACAGUGCGGUGCAGUAAUAAUGCUGUACACUAGUGCACAUUGGAACACAGUGCGGUGCAGUAAUAAAGCCGUGCACUAGUGCACAUUGGAACACAGUGCGGUGCAGUAAUAAUGCCGCGCACUAAUGUACAUUGCAACAGUGCAGUACUAAAUCCGUCUACUUGUGUACAUUGCAACAUAGUACGGUGCAGUAACAAUGCCGUACACUAGUGCACAUUGGAACACAGUGCGGUGCAGUAACAAUGCCGUACACUAGUGCACAUUGGAACACAGUGCGGUGCAGUAAUAAUGCCGUACACUAGUGCACAUUGGAACACAGUGCGGUGCAGUAAUAAUGCCGUACACUAGUGCACAUUGGAACAGUGCAGUGCAGUACUAAAUCUGUCCACUUGUGUACAUUGCAGUGCAGUAAUAAAGCUGUGCACAAGUGCACAUUGGAAGACAGUACGGUGCAGUAAUAAAGCUGUACAGUAGUGUACAUUGCGACACCGUGCAAUAAUAAAGCUGUACAGUAGUGUACAUUGCGACACCGUUCAAUAAUAAAGCUGUGCACUAGUGUAGAUUUCAACACAGUAUAGUGCAGUAAUGAUGUGUACUAAGGUACAUUGCAACACAGUGCAGUAAUAAUGCCGUCCAUUAUUGGAUCACGGUGCUGCGCAGUGCAAUAAAGAACCACAACAGCUGGUGUGGAUCAGUAAAGUGCUGAGAAAUUCAGGUUCCUGUGUUUCUGCUCUUCAGUGAGGUCGCGUUCAGCUCGGUGCAGCUCAGUAAAGUACAGUGCACAGAGCAUGCUGCAGUGAAAUCAAGUAGUAAAUAAAGCAUAAAAUCAACAUGAUUUUGUUUAUACUAGGGGCCUCAUGUUUGUCUUACGACACUCGAGAACACUGGAACAUGCCCAGUUUGUCACAGGAGGAUGGCUGUGGGACAGUGUGAGGCGGCUGGAGGUUCGAGAGGGGCUCGGGGGCCUGAGGUCUGCUCAGAGCUCAGUCAGAAAGACUCAGCAGAGGCGCAAGAGGAGCCCAGACUUUAGCAGAGUCAUCCUCUGCUUUUCUUCUGCCGUGUUGCAUUAAGAGCGUGGUCUGCCGCAGACGAGAAAAGACUCUAAUGAGCUUUUCUGUACUCAUAGCUCAGGAUCACUGCCCUUUAUCGCAUACCUUCACACUCACUUGCUAAGCGGUGUGUGUGGGAUGACUUGAAAUUGCUCCAUACAUUGACGUGUCUAUCAAUGUUUUGUGAACACCUACUUGGUGUUCACAGCUUUUGCCACCGGGGGGUGCCACUGCGUCUCCAGUGAAGUAAGGUCUUGGAGAGAGACUGCUGACAUGUCAGGCAAACUGACGAUUCUGACAGCUCUGUGGUGCAGGGUCAGAGCUGACACUGUGUGCAAGUGCUGCUCUCUGGUGGCAUCACCAGUGAACUUGUGCGCAGCCCUCCGGUGUCUGAGCCGACAGGUGUGCAAGAGUGCAUUUCCACUUUGCAGUGAUGCCGUAACGACAUCGUGAAAGAGGGCGAAGAGCCGCGUCCCAGUUCAGGACAGUUCCUGAGGCUGAGCUCCCUGUUCUUGCACAUCCUGGCUCUGCAAAGCCUGCGGCUCCCCUAGCGCCUCCUGCUGGGCUCAGCUCUGCAGCGGACAGCCUGGCGCCGGCAGGACGGCUGGGAGAGGGGGAAGCCUGGCUCUCCCUCUGCCGCCCUGCGCCCUGGGUUUGAGAAAAGACUGAGAGUGAAACUCGUGCCCCUGAUGGACCUGUGUUCCUGCAAGAGCACUAAACCCAUUUCCCUCCGGCCUCACUGUGCCCGUCCCCUGGUUAACCGCAGCAGGGGGGUGAAGGGAGUCACCUUGGUGCUGGUUUUAGUUUGAUUGGAAUCUUGGAUUUAAUGCCACUGAGGGUUCAGAUUGAGAAGGUGUGUUUGGGUGAUGAACUCGGGGUCACAGAGACCAGGGUCAAGGGUGAAGCUGCAGUGCGGAGUCUAUGCCAGAGAAGAGCCCGGGUUUGAACUGGAGCUCUUCACUGGAGUCUGAAGUCCCUUUGUGACCGUGGCGUUGCUCGUCUCGCCCGUCUCCCACAGCUGAGGGUGCGAGCGCUCAUGCCCUCUGCCAGGUAGGGCCAGUCGGCCCAGAUGUGGCCUGCUCAGCCCGUCGCAACUCGUCCCGGCCUGACGGGCCAGAACGCUCACGCCAGCAGGACCUGCCCUCUGAGACUGCUGCUCCAUUGUCCUCUCCACCACACACACAGGAGUGUACGCGUCACCCCUGCGUCAGCCCCCCUGCACUGGCUCCCUGCUAGCUUUAGGCGAGCUUCAGGCCUUAACAGGGGGCUUGCAGAUCGAUUACAAGUGAAAUGCGGACAAACAAAACGAUUGGCAUCAGAGAAUUUGGAAGGUUUUUGGAGGGGAGAAGGGUGCCAGGCACAGGAGGGAGAGUCUGUGUUCCUAAAUAAGAAGGAUUUGUGAGGAAGGAAAUGGGUUUAGUGGAUCGAAAGAAGCUGCAUGUCAGUCUCACACUCUUCCUGAAGAGGGAUGAGAGAGCCUGGGUUCACAGGGGCGAGAGCUGGUCUUCAGUCAGUCAUCACCAGGCUCCAGUGUUUCUUAGGCUCUUGAGU